AUGUGUCCCGGAAUCCAGGAGGACCGUCGGACUCAGUCGGCUUCGGGACACAACCACGCCAAGAUCAACGCGCCGCGCAUCAUCCCUCGCCACGUCAUCAUGGCGUUCCUCGCCUGCGUGCUGCUACUCACCGCGCUCCUCUCCACCACCGCCAUCGCCACGGCCCUGGAUGGCGAUCAUAGCAGCAAUGUGGUGGCCAAGCGCCGGUCGCGCGUCUCGCCCGAUGCCACAUCAUUCGUCGCAGACCUUCGUCGUCCGUCCGUCGCUCGUCGCCUGAGCGACGGAGUGGCGCGGCCACCCGCGGCGAGCCCGCCGGGCGAUGUGAAGCUCGCACUUUCGCAAUUGGCGGCGCUGGUGGCGCUGACGGGGUGGAAUGCGACGGCCGAGCUGUGCUCCGAGUGGACAGAGACGGGCGGCGUCACGUGCAACGACAGAGGCAUGGUCACCAACAUAGAGCUGCAAGAACCCAUCUCUGCACACACCCUCACCCCGCCUGGACGCCUGCCCGCUGACAUCGCUGCCUUCACCGCCCUCCAAGUCCUGAAGCUAGGCAGCCAGAACCUCUCGGGCCCCAUCCCCAUGGACGCAUUCCGCAACCUCACCUCUCUCCAGGAACUCGAUCUCUCCUCCAACCCUUUGAAUGGCACCAUGGAGUUUCUUGCCUACCUGCCCGCCUUGCAAUACCUCUCCCUCGCAUUCAACUACCUCACUUCAGGGGAGCUCCCUGACUCUCUCUCCGCCCUCACCAGACUCGCCCACCUGUACGUACAGGCCAUCGCGGCUUGCUGGGGCCAUCUCUGCUUCCUUCUGUGCCUCGCCCUCUCUAUGCUUGCUGCAUCGCACCAAGUAGGCACCCGAUGGCCUCACCCCCGCGCGCUCCUCGCCAUUUCCAGCCGACUGGAUGGCUCUCACCAGCCUCAACUCCCUGUGAGCUGCCUCCUUCCUACCCGCCCACCCUGCGUGCCUGCUGCUCGAGUGAUGGCGUCGGGUAACGGCUUCUCGGGCUCCCUCCCCGCCGCCAUCUCCGCCCUCACCGCCCUCUCAGAGCUGUACCAGAUCGUGCCUUACCUCGCCACCAUCUCCGCCCUCACCGCCCUCUCAGAGCUCGUGCUGAGCCACAACGACAUGGAAGGCCCCUUCUCCGCCCCUCUUGCCUCCCUGCCACUCAUGGAGGAGAUGCAGAUGAGCCACAACCGUUUUACAUGGCCCAUCCCAGCGUCAUUCUCAGGCCUUGCUGCCCUCAUCGUUGUGAAUGUGAGCUACAACGAUCUGUCAGGGCCCAUCCCACCAUCCUUCGCAAACCUUCCUGCCAUCGGCGAUGUGGAUAUCAGCCACAACCCCCUCUCUGGCGCUGGCCUGGACGUGCUUGCACGCAUGACCCAAAUGUCCACCCUCUACAUCGGGUCGUGCAACUUCUCAGGCGAAUUCCCUUCUUCUCUCGCACGUCUCCCCCUCUACGAACUCGACAUAUCCAACAACAGCUUCACGGGGCCCUUCCCCUCCGCCAUGCUAUCUGCACCACGCUACAGCCUCCUCAAUCUAUCGGCCAACAACUUCUCGGGCCCGCUGCCCCCACAGCUCACCACGCUCACAACAGUCAACAGCUUGGACAUCUCUCACAAUCAGUUCACUGGAGUUGUGCCCCCUGCCGUCUUCACCCUGCCUUCGCUAAUGUCCCUCUCCCUCGCUCACAACCAGCUUGAGGGCUCCCUGCCUGCAACCAACCUGUCGGAAUACCUCAUCUCUUUCGACAUCAGCAACAACAACUUCAGCGGGCCUCUGCCGGAGUCCAUGACCCGCCUCAUCUUCCUGAAGUCCCUGGGCCUUGGAGGAAACAACUUGACUGGUCCCAUAUCUCCUGUCUUUGGCGUCUUGGACAACCUUUAUUCCUU